CGGGGUAUCAUGCAAAGACACAACGCACUGAUAAUCCUGUGGUUGUUUUCUGUCUGAGAGCAGCACAGACUCGAGUCUUCAAAAGAUAUCCGGUAAAACAAGCAUCAUGGCUCUGGAUGGAUGUGGCCUCCUGUGCAAAUACACGCUGUUCAUUUUCAACCUCAUCUUUGCGCUGUUGGGGAUGAUAUUUCUCGGUCUGGGCCUGUGGCUGAGGUUCAGCGGUAGCACCAGAGUUAUCUUCGAAAUCGAGGCCCUCAACUCAAGUGCAUUUGUUAUUGCCGUGACUGUCCUGAUUACCCUGGGCUCAGUGAUGCUGAUUGUCGUCGUUUUUGGAGACUACGGCGCCUGCAGCGAGAACCGAUGCGCUCUGAAAACGUUUUCCGUCCUGGUGAACAUCCUGGGAGUUGCUGUGGUUGUUUGUGGAGUGGUAGCUUAUUCCAGGAAAAAUGAGAUUGGAUUGAGAAUUGGAGAAUUCUACACUACCAUGUAUGCUCUGUAUGUGGCUAACAGAGACCCAGUUCUUGCUGUCACUCUCACGUUCAUCCAAAAACUGCUUCACUGCUGUGGAGCGACCGGGAUGCCUCUGUUAGACUUUGCUAAGGAAACCUGUCCAGAUCCAGAGUCUAUUUUUGAACACAUCAAGAUGGAUACUUGUCCCGGGGUGAUCGUCGAUAUCUUCAACAGCAAAGCACCGCUGGUGAUGGGCCUGCUCGUCGGAACUGGAGUUCUACUGUUCCUGGCUUUGAUUUGCAGCGCAACCCUUAGUAAAAAGCUCAAGACCCCCUCCACUCCUCAGUACAUCAUCCUGACUCAGCCUCCACAAUCUCAGCAUGAAUAUAUCCCCACCUCCACCUCCAUCUCCUACUCUUUCCCCGACCAGGAGCCGGUGGUCUUCACCCCUCUGACUGUGGCCAACAUCCCAGUGGUUAUCACUUAGAGUGGGUUAUCGCUCUUUACCGCAAUGCUCGGGCAUAGAGGAAUAGAUUUGGUUUUUUUUCACAUUCACUUCAUGUUUAUCUCUUCUGUGCAUGCUCACUGUGGGGUUUCUUCAGCUCCUUUUAAAGGAAAACUCCACCCUCAAGCUCAAUUAUAACAGCACGUAAGUUAUUCGAUAUUUUAAUGUUUUUUUAUGAUUUUAUUCCAGUAAACAAUGGACAAAGAUUUAGCAAAGAUUUUUUAAUAAGCAUUUGAGUUUUUUCCUUUAUAAAUUGUGCACAUACUUAAGAAUAACCACUUUAAAUAAACAUUUUUUAGGGAAUUACUGCAGAUAUAUUAAAGUAAAAGGCUUCUUUACGAACUUUUUAAAAUUGUGCACAUAUUUUCGUUAUGUUGUAACUACAGUGCAUAAAGAUAUUCAUUUAAAAUAAAAGUAAUUAACAAUUGUGCAUCGCUAAGCUACCUAAUAAAUCAACUUCUCCAAUAACUAUUCAACCAAAAAUUUAAAUGAUUUUUUUGGCUGUCCCACCAGUUGCAUAAAAAAUAAUAAUUCAACCUCAAUUUUUUUUCUAAUCUGCAGUUAAAAAAAACAUAUAAAAGGUUGGAUUUUUUCUUCAAAGUGUCUUCAAAUUGAUCAUUUUGCCUUCGACACAAGCCUCUUCUAUUUGUGUGGCUGCAUGCUACUUGCUAGCCUGGGCUGGUACCUGUCUUACAUCAGCUCUCAUUCUGGUGUAACGCUGUUGGGUAAAGCGGAGCAGGAAUCAUGGCUGUUAUUCCCAUCCCUCCUCUUUACUUCCCCUCUGAAUGACAGAUUAUUGCCCUGGUCUGCAGCAUGGUCCUCCUGAAACAGACCAAGAAAGAGCAACAGCAGAUCACUGCGCAGUAUACAACCGUGUACUAACAAGAGGAGGUCAACUAUCAUCAACGAACACACAUCGCUGGAUUUCAAGUUUCAAUUGACUGGUUUACAAAUGUGUCUCUGUGGCUCAAUUCCAAACUGAUACCAACACCAUCUCCCCACUUCUACUCUGUUAUGGUAACCCUCAAACAGGGACCUUUCAAACCCCUGCAACAGGAAGUUAUGAAACCCCUUCAACAGGAAAAUUAUGAAACCAACCAAAAGCAAGUUUUUUAAACUCUCAAACGGUACAUUUUUUAACCCACUGACAGGAAGCAAUUAAACCCUCUAACAGGAAGUAGGGUUGUCCACGUUCAUAAAGCAUAAAACACCAUCAGAGAGCACGGUGCAGAGUCCCUAGGUGCGCUUUAUAGAAAACCGUAGUCCCCCCACAGCAGACGCUCAACAACGUCCGCUGGCGCAUCAUAAACACGUGGGAUAGUGCAGUUGGAUUUUCAAAGCACCGCAGUCUCUUUUCGAAGUCCUUUUGAAUUCUCCUAUCCACUAUUCCUUAACCCCGUGACGUUUUCACGCAAAGGUCAAGGAAUAGUAGAUAGGAAUAGACAAUAGGAGCAGAGUUUUUGGACAAUUCGACCAUACCCUAGCUAAAGCCUCCGACAUCAAGCAAUUAAACCCUCGGACAGAAAGCACUAAAAUAGCUAAAAACUACAAAGGCAAGCGGAGGGAGAACAUUCAGUCCUGAGGAAAAGGGUGCAGUUGGUGCAAAGAGACCAGAGGACAGCACUACUGAGCCUCAUCCUCUGGACAGGAGUGCCAUGUCAGCCUCUCCUCAUAAAAGGAAAUGACCACCUGAGGGCAACUCCCCGCUACUGUCUGUUGCGCCAAUGAUCCGUUCUGGGUCGAGGUUUCUGGAAAAUCCACGUGGUUUCUCAGCCACAUCUUUCUUUUUGGCUUCUGACUCUAACAGGAAGCAAUUAAACCCUCUGACAGAAAGUAUUUUAAUGAUAGAGAGACUUAAAAAAAGGAAAAGAAACGCCAGAUAUUUUUGGGCCGUUUUAUUACAAUUACAACUUUUCGUCAGAGAUGCUGAUUCCAAACCCUCGUUACAAAAAUGUCCCGUUUCCUGUGUUGGAGAGAGGAGAGUAUUGACCCCCUGCAGUGGUAGUGUGUUGGGUUCCGUUUGGAGUUGGGUCUGUAUGUGAAACAGUAGCUUAGUGUAGGGGAUGUUGUGUAUAAUUAUUCGUCUAUGACCUGACACAGCAGCAGACAGGCAUCUUCAUCACCAUGGAUAGACGAUAAACACAACCGUUUAAUAAAAAACUGUGAGGGAGAGAAUGGGAUACUGAGAUAAUGCCAGACCUGUUACGCUUUUUUUAUAUCCAUGUCUAUCGUAUAGGUGAUGUCUUUCUUCAAUAGUGCUUUCAAAUCUUUUGUGGAAGAGUUGAAUACUCAGCCACUGGGAAAAGUGUUUUUUUUAUUGAGUAAUGUAUGCAUAAAUAGGAAAGGGAACAGAAGUUAACUCUCUCUGCUGCUUAACCCCCUUGAAGUUCAGAGACUCGGGGCAGUGUGUUGUAUGGCAGCCUCGGUCGUCUGUGGAGUCGCCGGCUUUUAGAAAGCUUGUCAGCCAAAUCCCUGUUAAACGAUAAGGACAAGGUGAGCUAACGUUGUCAUAGAGACUCGUUCAUAACUGCGCCGUGCAGAAGCUCCACUAUUAUUAACAACAAACAGCGACGUCAUGUUACCGGUAUCAAAUAUUAUUUAGCCCACUUAAACGGAGCAUGGGUUCAAAAUCUAGCAUUCGUUUCAUUUCUAGCUCUUUUCCUAAAGUUCAGCAUGUACUGCCAGAUAGACAGCUUUAAUUAAUGAGCUGCAAUAAACUACAGUUUAGCACUUAAAGCUAUACUUUUGCAGUUAUUUUGGUGAAAGUAACGCAGUACAGUAACAUGUACUGUAUAACAUUAUGGAAGUAACUUGCCCAACACUGUUCACUUGUAUAAAGUAAAGGACCUUCUUGAGUGUGACAGGAAUACUGUGCAGCCGUCAGGUCCCGUUAAACUUACUGUAUGAACAUUUCACAUGUGAAUGCUGCUUAAUUGUAAACACUGCUUUGGUUCAAAGGGAAACGGCGUGCCAUUCAUGCCAAAUAUGUUCACAUUUUUUAUUCCUUCAUGUUCCUGCAAACUUAUUGUUGUGACCAAAUGCAUGUAGUUUUGCUUGUCCGUCUCUUUGCACAACAAGUUUUAAAUAAAUAUUCCACUCGGGGCUUUUCUCCCCUUUUCUUCUUCA